AUGUGUAUACCGCGCAAGGUACGGACUCGUUGCGAGGGGAAAGAUUUCAUCAUCAAGAACGCCAUAAUCAGUUACGAGGGCGAUUUUGAGUAUCCACAGAAGCUGCAGGCUGGAUUGUCAGGAUAUCCAAGCCUACGCACUAUGAUUGAUACAGUCCCAAGUCUCAAAUUAUACGUCUAUCCCUUUAUGACCGGUGACCUUCUUCAAUUCAGUCAGAAGCCGCUGUCGGAGGAGCAGAGGACACAUAUCCUCAGAAGUGCACUCACUGGUCUUGCUGCACUCCAUGACCACAGAAUUUUCCACACAGGCGAGUACCUAUGCUCUCGCGUUGGUCUUCUCAAACGGGACAGAAGAGUUGAUGGACUGGCAGAUAUCAAGCCUAACAAUAUCCUUAUCGACUACGAGGAGGGACCCGAUGGGUCCGUGAUGAUCCAGGACGUGAAGCUCGCAGAUCUAGAAGACGCGCUACUGCUGGAACCCGGCACGGCCGUCGAAGGCGCCGCACUAGGCAACAAGCUGUGGCGAAGCCCUGAGUCCUGGACCGGUGCCACGCAGGAGCACCCGUCCGACGUCUUCUCGUUCGGUGUAUUCGCCAUCUAUGUCAUGGCCAACAGGAUGGUCUUCUACAGCGGGCUUACCGACGAACAAGUGAACGGGGACAACGCCUGGUGGCAUAUCCUCCGCAGACACCUCUCCCUUUUCGGCACAGAUACUGAGAGCCUCCGCGGUCUGGUACGGCACGUUGGGGGGGAGGACAGCCCGUGGUUCAAUCGUUUCGCUGAUCUUGCGAGUAGCUUCGGCGACGAGGAUCCUCGGAGGCCAUUUGCGCUGUGGAUGUGGUUGGAUGAGUCGUUUAGGGACCUGGUUGGUAAGAUGACGAACCUGGACCCAGCGAGGAGGAUUACCGCACGGGAGGCUCUGGCUCACCGUUGGUUCACCCAGACGAGCUCAGACCGAUGCCACCCACAACAGAAGUAA